AUGGACAAGACCACAAAGUUCUUCUUCUCCAUCGGAGCCAGAGGUGAAACUCAAGCUGCCGCUGCCACUCAUUUUGUCUCUCCCGACGGAGAGCACAAGCAAGUAGACGCCAAGGUAGUCUAUCUCGGCACCAGGAAAACCAGGAUGCUGGAUCGCUGGCUAGACAGAAUUGUCGCUCUCUCUGGAUCCAAUGCGGUACUCAUCUUCACUGUCAUUGCGCUUGCUUGCUGGGCUCUCCUGGGUAUCAAGUUUGCCGAUCAGACCGGCUGGCAAGUUGGUAUUUCUGACGCUCAGGCCAUCAUCAACAUGGUGUUUGAUUCUUUCCUUGUCCGUCAGCAACUAAAUGCUUAUGAUGAGACGAUGGAGAUACUGUGCCAGCUUCAGUCUCGAGCGGAAAGCCACAGGAGGAUGUUACGUGCUCUUGGACCCCGUCCGCUUGGCCCUCGCGUCUCGAACCAGCGACUGUUGACUCAGGAUCUGCCUACCCAGGAUGGAAUCUUUGCACGAUUCUGCGUCAAGGCAUCCGCAUUCAUGGGUCAUAUCGGUACUGUCACUGCCUACUGGAUCUGCAUUGGUGUCUGGCUUGGCUUUGGCCAUUAUUGCAAGUGGUCCAGUACUUGGUUCUUCUACAUCAAUUCGGCCACGUCUGCCCUCAUGGUCUUGUUGCUUGCUUUCCUCGCCAACAACCGAGAGCGACAUGAGAAGCACCUCCAGGAUUGUGUUAGUCUCAUCUACACCGCAGAUGCCACACUCGAACGUAUGCUGAGAGAGAAAACUGGCGACAAGAUUGAGAACAGAAUUUGCACUAUUGCCGCGCCUCAUGUUGGCAAGAUCCAACGCGUGAUUAAUUUCUAUGCGGAUCUGGUUGGAACUUUGCUCGGGAUCGCUCUUUUGGCUUUGGUCAUGAUCGUUUGGGUUGUCUUGGGGCCAAUAAUGUCGUUCAAUGACAAUUGGUGGCUUUUGAUCGGUACCUAUGCUGGUCUCAUUGGCAUGAACGAUGGCUUUGUGCUUAGGAAUCUCUGCAAUGUUUGCAACAUACGCGAAGAGGAACAACAUGAUCAGCGUAUCCUUGACGACAAGGACUUGCUCGCUAUUCUUGGCUUGACCGACUCGACCGAGAACGAGGAACCGAAAUUGGGACUCAACAGUCGGCUCUCCAUCAUCAUGGGAACUGUGUGUUCUCAUGAGUAUACCGUCGUCGCUGGUGUGUUUGUUAUCCUAGCACUCAUUGCCAUCGCUACGGCGAUGAAGUGGAGUGAGCUUGGUCAGAUCAUCUGUAAUGUCCCGCCUAGCAUUGUGGAGAGUUUCUUCACUUUGAUCCUCAUCACCGGCCACAAUCUUGGAGACCAGAAGAGGGAGGAGAGUUUGAGAGAGAUUCAGAGGAGCAGAUUGAGACUUAUUGAUUACCUGGAGGGCAUGUAA